GUAUAGUUUUCAUCGUAUAAAUUGUGAUUUGUGGAGUUUGUUAGGAAUUUAAGAUAUUAGUAUUUGUUAUCAGUUGCCAAAAUUUUGAAAUGCAAGUUCGAACAGAGCUCCAGACUUACUCAUUCAAAAACACUAAAAUAGUCUCUUUGUCUCUCUCCUUCCUCCAUUGCUUCUAGUAUGGAUUUGUCUCCUCCCCAAAUUCUUAUUCAUCAAUCACUUUUUUUUUUCUAGUCUAUCUGGAUCUCGUAAUUUGUUAACAAUCUGAAUCUAAUUUCAACAUUAUCAGGCUUAGGUUACCAAAUUGGGGUUAGACUAGGCUUCCGAUCAUGAGUGAUAAGAGAAGGAAAAAAUGAGAUGAGCUGAUCAGGUUUAGAAAAGUGUGUUUAUUGUGUGUGGUCCAGGGCUUUUUUGAUUGAUUAUAGAGAUUGUAUGCUCAGAAAGUUCCCAAAUUGCAAGUUGUUGUAAAGCUGAACGGUUGUGCAUUUGUCAUUGUUUAGUUUUAGGAUUUCAAUGAUUUAUUAGUAUCUGCCGUCUUUUGUCAUUCAAUCUAAUUUCCCUAGUCUCCAUCUUAAUGUUGUGCAAUUGAAGCUGUAAUUUACUUUAUAUUGCUCACUCCUCUUGGUGGUAGUUUAAUCUGUUGCGGAUAGCUUGAGAAAUAAUGUGCAGAGAUUUCUCCUUAGAGGUAUAUGCAAAACAAUUAGAGUGGCUUUUGUUUUUGUAUUAGUCUUGUGAGGUAAAGAAUGAAUUGAGUCUUUGGUGUACACUAUCUUCUGAUGAAUCGGCAAUGAUAAGGACAAGUAGAUAGUUGAUAACUGUUAGUUGGAUAUGUUUGACAAUAUGUUGUUUGUGAGUUAUGUUUGACUCUGAAACUUGAUUUUCUGAAAUUUUGUUAAUAGAGAAAGACACUGUCUAGCAUAGGAUUACCUAUCUAGUUUACAGUUAGAAAUUUAAGACAAUGUGACAGCCGUGAAACUGUAACAGUAAAAUUGAACUAUCACUUGAUUAAUUUAAAUUGUUGUAUCCAUUGUUGCACCAUAUUUUCACUUGUGAAACUAAUGCUGAUGUUGAAUAUGCUAGUGAAGGUUAUUGUUGUAGUGAUAAUGUUCAAAGUGCUUUCCAUUAAUUGAAAAUGCUAUUUGAAAAUUAUGUAUACCAUAUUCAAUUGAAUUCCCUAAGGUGAAAAAUUAUUGCAUAAUAGAGUUAACAUUCUUUGGUUAAAACCCUAUUGAUAUCUUACUGGAUUUUAAUUCAAAUAGGCCCUUUAUUUCUCUAGUAACAUCAAAGUAAUUCCUGUGCCUCAGCAAUGGCGGCACCAUUUUUCUCAACACCUUUUCAGCCCUAUGUUUAUCAGGUUGUUUUGUAGUGUUUCGUGAUGGCUUUCAACUUAUUAUGGGAUAGUACUCUUUUUCUUUCUCCUAAAAAAGAAAGGAGAAGACAUGUUCAACAUCAUAUUGCUUGUAUUGUCCUAUGAAAUAUCCUUCAAUCUGAUGAUAAAUUUUUCUUCAUUGUGGUUUAGAGUCCACAAGAUGCAAUCACACCUUUUCAGAUUUUAGGGGGUGAAGCUCAGGUGGUCCAGAUAAUGUUGAAGCCCCAAGAAAAAAUUAUUGCAAAGCCUGGUUCCAUGUGCUUUAUGUCAGGAUCCAUUGAAAUGGAAAAUUCCUAUCUUCCAGAAAAUGAAGUAGGCAUAUGGCAGUGGCUAUUUGGCAAAAACAUAAGUAGCAUCUUUCUUCGAAAUUCUGGACAAAGUGAUGGAUUCGUUGGAAUUGCUGCACCUUAUUUUGCAAGAAUUCUUCCGAUUGAUUUAGCAAGCUUUAAUGGGGAGAUUUUAUGUCAGCCAGAUGCAUUUCUUUGCUCUGUCAAUGAUGUGAAAGUCAACAACACAAUUGAUCAGAGGGGACGUAAUAUUGUUGCUGGUGCUGAGGGAUUUUUGAGGCAGAAGAUAUCAGGUCAAGGGCUUGCAUUCAUACUUGCUGGUGGAUCUGUUCUACAGAAAAAUCUUGAGAGCGGUGAAGUUCUAGCAGUUGAUGUUUCAUGCAUUGUUGCUGUGACAAGUACGGUCAAUGUCCAAAUAAAAUAUAAUGGUCCUCCAAGAAGGACAAUGUUUGGAGGUGAUAAUGCUGUGACAGCUCUUCUCACAGGACCAGGCAUUGUGUUCAUACAAAGUUUACCGUUUCAUAGACUUUCUCAGCGAAUUGCUAGAUCGGUGACAUCUCCAAACAUGAGGGAAAAUCCCAAGUUUUUAAUACAGAUUGCCAUUUUCUUUUUCCUGGCCUAUGUUGUCAUUGUAUCUUCAUUAAUAUUGACAGAUGUAUGAAACUUAGUUAAGCUUUUUCCUUUUUCUUUAUUGUGGUAUUUCAACUUUUAUACCAUUUUUAUGAUCAUAGAUACUAGGAAGGUGAGAAGAAGAAAUUUGAAUGUCUUGGAUUUGGUUAACAACAGAGUGCUUGAUGGUCGGAUUUUGACAAAGAAAAUCAUCCAAAUUAUAUCAUUGAUAUCUAUCACAAAAAUGUUUCAUUUUAUCAGAAUAUUAAUCUAUUUCAACGCUUCUUAUGA